AAAUGGCAUUUGUUAUUACUGUUGAUGCAUCAAGCCAUAUUUAAAUAGAUGGCUCGGUCAUAGAUGCGGCUGAGUCCCUUUUCUCGACUUUAACCAGGAAUCUCCGAAGUCCGAAUAAAAAAAAAAACAAAAAGAAAGAAAAAAUGCGAAUAAUGGCCGCGCGAUCUCUUUGGCGCGCCAAAACGAAGCUGUUUUUGGCAGCCACUGCGGCUGGUGGAGCCGGCACCGGCGCGGCAAUGAUUGCCAACUCAGAUGACCCUGCCUCAACCGUGAAGCUCUGCACCGCCGUCCCUCUCCGCCUCCUCCGUGACUCCGUUACUGCCGCUACGAUUGCUUUCGAUUAUGAAUACUCUCUCUGGGGCUUGCCUGAGGGUAGCACUGAGAGGACAAGAAUUAAAUCUGAAGUCCAUGCUAGGAGUGCACUUAGGCUUCAAGAACUUUGUUUUAAAAAUGGUGGAAUAUAUAUCAAGCUCGGUCAACAUAUUAGUCAGCUGGAAUACUUGGUGCCUGCUGAGUAUGUCCAGAUCAUGAGAGAUUCAAUGUUGAAUAGGUGUCCGGUUUCAUCAUACGAUCAAGUUCGAGAAGUUGUCAAGAAUGAGCUUGGAGGGGCUCCAGAUGAAAUUUUUGCCGAAUUUGAUCCUGUGCCCAUUGCAAGUGCUUCUCUGGCGCAGGUUCACAUUGCCCGCACUCAUGAGGGAGAAAAAGUGGCUGUAAAGGUUCAGCAUACUCACAUGACAAACACUGCAGCUGCAGAUUAUGCGACUGUGGAGUUAAUUGUAAACACAUUGCAUCGGCUCUUUCCUUCUUUUGAUUACAGGUGGUUGAUUGAUGAAAUACAGGAAAGUCUACCGAAGGAGUUAAAUUUCUUGUUUGAGGCCAAGAACAGCGUAAAAUGUAUGGAUAACUUUCAGAGGUUCUCUCCUCAUAUUGCAGAGUAUGUUUAUGCCCCCAAAGUACAUUGGAACUUGAGUACCUCAAAAUUGUUGGUGAUGGAAUUUAUUGAUGGCCCACAAGUAAAUGACUUAAAGACCAUUCAGAAGCUUGGAAUUCAGCCUAAUGACGUUGCAAAAUUAUUAAGUCAAGCAUUUGCUGAAAUGAUGUUUAAACAUGGUUUUGUGCACUGUGAUCCACAUGCUGCCAAUGUGCUAGUUCGCCCAUUACCUUCUGGCCGUAGGGGGAUUUUUGGAAAGAAAAAACCACAAUUGAUACUGCUAGACCAUGGUCUAUACAAAGAUCUUGAUGUUUCGACCAGAAUCAGCUAUGCAUCAUUAUGGAAGGGAUUGAUAUUUUCAGAUGCCAAUGCAAUUAAGGAAAAUAGUGUGAAAUUAGGUGCUGGAGAUGAUCUUUAUGCAUUGUUUGCUGGAAUUCUUACAAUGAGACCGUGGAACAAAGUUAUUGAUCCUUCCAUUGAUCAUCUAGUUGUCCGAGGCACCGAUGGUGAUCGUUCAGAACUCCAGAUGUAUGCUUCACAAUAUUUUUCUCAAAUCACAGAGCUUCUAAGGAGACUCCCCCGUGUUAUUCUUCUAAUGCUCAAAACAAAUGAUUGCUUGCGUGCAGUUAAUCAAUCACUGAUGCAAGGAUCUUCUCAUGAGACAUUUUUGAUCGUUGGAAGAGUCUCUUCUGAAGCCGUAGUUGAGUCAAAAUUGUUACAGAACAGGUCUUUCCUUUCGCGGGUGCUCAUUUGUUUGGAAGAAUUUCGACUAGAAGCUCGGUUAUUUGUAAUGCAGAUUGCAUUUUGGCUUUUGAAACUCCAAAAAGCUUUGAUGUCGUGAGACCGAUGAGACCUGAGCAGCCGUCCCAUAGAUCGAAUCAUUUUAGGAAAACCAAAAUUAUUUUUCGGGUGUAGAGUAUUUUUUUUGUUUAUAGUAUCUCUUUCAGUUUUGACAUUGAGCCCCCAUUGUUUGAGGGAGUUCAAGAGGCUGUAUUCAUUUCCUUCAAUUGUAUGAAUAAAUACAUUAUUGCACUCGCUGAUGCUUACUGUUGUAAAGCCCCCAAUUGGGGCAAUAUAGAAUAAUUUAUUGUUAUAAAACAUCAAUUGAAAUGUUG